CCCUUCAUGUGAAUAUAUAUACAGAGCCGGCUCUUCUACUAGCUAGUAUAUAUUACGAUCCCUCUUCUACUUCCAUUUGAUUGAUUGCGCAUUUUCACAUUGACGAUGCACCCCUCUCUUCUCCUCCUCCUCCUCCUCUGCUCUCUUGUUUGUUUCUUAGCUUUAGGGACCCUCUGCGCAGUCUCCGAUGCGCGCGCCUUCUUUAUCUUCGGCGAUUCCCUCGUCGACAACGGCAACAACAACUACUUGGCUACCACGGCGCGCGCCGAUGCCCCGCCUUAUGGGAUUGACUACCCUACCCACCGGCCGACGGGCCGAUUCUCCAAUGGGCUUAACAUCCCUGACAUUAUCAGCGAGUAUCUGGGAGCCGAAUCCACAUUGCCUUACUUGAGCCCUGAGCUUCAAGGCGAAAAACUACUCGUCGGUGCGAAUUUCGCUUCGGCAGGGAUCGGAAUCCUCAACGACACCGGAAUUCAAUUUGUAAACAUAAUUAGGAUUAGCAGGCAACUGCUAUACUUCGAGGAGUACCAGGAGCGGGUGAGUGCUCUCCUAGGUGAGGACCAGGCGAAGAAGCUAGUGAACCAGGCUCUCGUUCUCAUCACUCUCGGGGGUAAUGACUUUGUUAACAACUACUACUUGGUCCCCUACUCCGUGAGAUCUCGUGAAUUUGCGCUCCCGGACUAUGUCCAGUUUAUAAUAUUCGAGUACAAAAAAAUUCUCACGGUACGUUCACUUACUGGUACAAGUAUAAUUUUCCAGCAUUUGAAGUCGGUCGGUCGUACGUGUGUGUUACCCUCCCUGUCUAGUUUCAAGUUUGAUCGAUCUUACUUAGUAGAUUCAAUCAACUCAUCUGAAAAGAAGAAUUAAAUUACAUUAUAUAUA